GUUCCUUAACUAGUACGAUCAGUCCCCGAUGCCUUCUCUCGCUUCGCAGGAAAAGAGAUGACAGGGAGCAGCAGAUCGAGCAGAGUUGUUCCGUUUAGCAAUCAUGCCGUUUGUUAUCCGGCGCUUUUCCUCUUCGUCUUCCUUGCUAUUUCUGAAAGAAACGACGCGUAUGUUAACUACACGGUGGGAGACUCGCUGGGCUGGUACGACAGGCUGGAGGAGCCUGAUGUGAACUACCAGAAGUGGGUCGCAGGGAAGAACUUCAGCCUCGGAGAUUUCCUCAUUUUCAACACGGACAAGAACCACUCGGUCGUGCAGACUUACAACGUGACCACCUACAAGCGCUGCGACUACAACGACGCCGAGGCCGACGACACGGCGGAGUGGUCGUCACGGCAGCCGACGGCGAAGGUGAGCAUCGCGGUGCCGCUGGUGAAGGAGGGCGUGAACUAUUUCUUCUCAGGCAACUACGACGGCCGGCAGUGCCGCCACGGGCAGCACUUCAAGAUCAACGUCACCCACGGCCGGGGACUGCCCGAGAGCCUCAAGCAUCCGGCGGAAGCCCCCGCUCCGGGCAAGCCGGAUACGAGCGCCGGCGCCGGCGCCGUCCCGUCGGUGCCUUCCAGCUUUGACAACCCGGCGCAGGCGGGGACUGCUGUGGCCGAGUCUGGGGCAGAGGAGACCGUGGCAAGGAUGUGGAUUUACUUAGGCUUGAGCUUCGUGGCGGUGGUGAUUGGCUGAAGGAAGACGAUUAAUUCUUCGUGUUGUUAUUGUUGUUCAUUUGAUUGUAAUCAGUGGCUAGAAUUGGGCAAAGUGCAGUCCUUUAUGUUAAUAAAAUUUUGUUAGUUUUUUUUUUUUUUAAAGAAGCUACAAUACUAAGUUAUAUUCAUGGCA